AUGGAUGAGGCUGACAGUGCCAGCAGGGAGCCUGAGGAAGGUACGGAGACUGCACAGGAUCAGCGGAGCCCCACCCCUCCGCCAGAGAAGACCUAUGGAGAGCUGAAGAUCCGAUUCCACGUCCCGCUGAGCCGGGACUCGCGCAACAUCUUCAGCGUGGUCUUCUCCCCCAGCGGCAAUGAACUGGUCGUGGGCUUCGGCAACGGAGCUGUUCAGUCUUUGAAACCAGCCACGGGUAAAGUAAUACGAGAUAUAUUCAGUGGAGGUGUAGCACGACAAGCCACCACAUCGAUGUGUUUCCACCCGACUGAACCCAACUAUCUGAUCGCGGUGGGAGCCGAAGGCAUCAUAUCUGUGUACAAAACGGAUGUGGCAAAGUGCAUCGCCACCAUGAAGGAGGAGGGGAACCAGCUGAAUGCUGUAGACAUCUCCUCUGAUGGGGGUUACUAUGCCACGGGGGGAAAGAGCCGAGGGAUCUGUAUCUACGACGUCAAAACCAACCAGGUGACUCACGUGUUGGAACCUGCGGAUUACGUCACCAGCGGGAAGGACCUGCAGCCCAUCGAUGGGCAUUCUCGCCGUAUCUAUGCCCUGCGUUUCCACCCCCAGGAAAGGCACAUCUUCCUGAGCGGAGGCUGGGACGACUCAGUCAAGGUCUGGGACAAGAGAAUGGAGAAGCAGGCUCGCAGAGUGUUGAAUGGCCCCCACAUCUGUGGGCCCGGCAUUGACAUCUGGGACAACAAAAUACUGACGGCCUCGUGGGUGGCCCAGGACGCUCUUCAGCUGUGGGAUUUUCGGCGCUGGGAGGUAGAGAAGAACAUCCCCUUCCUGUCCAGACAGAACCAGGGUGACUUCCUGUAUGCUGCCCGCUUCUGUAACCGUGACAUUGUGAUGGCCGGGGGCAGUGGCACCAACAGCGCUAAAGCCAUCAACCACAAGACCAGCGAGAUCCUGGGUGAGAUAGACCUGACCAACAAGGCAGUGCAGACCCUGGACAGCGUGCUGGACGGACAGUACAUCGCGGUGGCUGGAGUGGCUGGGAACCUGAAGAUCGCGUAUCUCGUGUAGCGACUGGAUCCACUCUCUGGGAUGGGGUACAGGAGGAGAAUGGGGGAAGGUUCAACCUGAAGACAAGAGUUUUUUUUUUACUUAACUGA